UGGUGCAGCGGCUGGUGCAGGUGAUGCGGCGGCGGCGCUGCGUGGGCCUGAGCGCGCCGCAGCUGGGGGUGCCGCUGCAGGUGCUGGCCCUGGAGCUCCCGGACGAGCUCUUCCGCACCUACGCGCCGCGCCUGCGCGAGCUCCGCCAAAUGCAGCCCUUCCCGCUGCGCGUGCUCGUGAACCCAAGUGUGCGUGUGCUGGACAGCAGGCUCGUCACCUUCCCAGAGGGCUGCGAGAGCGUCGCAGGCUUCCUGGCCCACGUGCCCCGCUUCCAGGCGGUGCAGAUCUCAGGGCUGAACCCCAGAGGAGAGCAGGUGGUGUGGCAGGCGAGCGGCUGGACGGCCCGCAUCAUCCAGCACGAGAUGGACCACUUGCAGGGCUGCUUAUUCAUUGACAAAAUGGACACCAGGACGUUCACAAAUGUGCACUGGAUGGAGGUGAAUGACUGAGGCCUUCCUGCUGGGGCUGAGGCUCUGGAAAACCGAGGUGCAAACACUUCAGCUUGAGCUGGGCACAUCUUGGUCUCAAUCUGGUAUUGGCCCUCAUUUGACUGGAAAUGGUAACCUGCUAACGCAUGCUGAACCGAGCCAGGGAAAGAGGCUGGAAAUGUUUGCCCUGAAAUGAGCUCUGCACAAGACACUGCCUACAACUUGAAGAGAAAAACAGCUCCCUAAAGGAGGAGGCAGUCCCUGACAAUUCUUCACGGAGAGACGUGGGACAUGGAAAUAACCAUUCUCAUUACAAACGAUCUCACAAGACCUGUGUAAUCUGCUGCCAGGGCCACAACUGAUGAUAAUAUAGUCCCCAGUUAUCUGAAAGCUUUGUUUAAAAAUGUAGGCAAGGUUGGGAUUGGCCACCUUGUGAGUUCUUUUUACAAAGAGUUUGUUGGGUGUCUGACCUUAAAGUCCUUGGUUUGCCUUAGACACCAGUUGCUUGUGGAAGUAAAAACAUGGGACAGUGUAGUCCCUGCUGAA